AUGUCUCUAUCAAUCGACGGCGUUGCGGUUGUGACAGGUGCAGGUAAUCGCUCCGUCGUCGAUAGCUCAAGUCAUGCGCUGACCACCCUGUGCAGGUAGUGGAAUUGGCAAAGAAUGUGCUCUUGCCUAUGCUGCGGAAGGCGCACGAGGCGUCGUAGUUGUGGAUCUCAAUGCAGAAGCCGCCACUAAGACUGCUCUGCAGUGCGAUUCUAUCGCGACCAACCCCAAUUACAAGAGUCACGCCGUUGCGUGCGACGUCGCCAACCCAUCUAGCGUCGAGCUUAUGGUGGCUUCUGCUGUCGACCAGUUCUCACGUAUCGAUUACUGUGUAAAUAGCGCUGGAGUUGGGGUUCAGAAGCACCUCCCCGUGAGCGACGCCGAGGCUGAGGAAAUGGACCGCUUUUGGAAGGUCAAUGUCAUGGGCACUUUCAACAUCCUCCAGGCCGUGUCCAAGGUGAUGAAGAAGCAAGAUACAGUCAUCACUGCGAGCCGUGGUCGCGUGAGGGACGUCGGGAAAGGAGUCUUCGUAAAUCUUGGCUCCGCCAAUUCGUACAUGGCAACGCCCGACAUCGUGCAGUAUACCACGAGCAAACAUGCGAUCAUUGGUCUUACCAAGAGUGCUGGUGAGUAACAUUCCCAGACUUCACGACCACAACAGCAAAGUCUGACUCAUUCAGCUCUUGAUCUAGCCAAGGAAGGAAUCCGUGUCAACGCAAUCUGUCCCGGCUGGGUCGCUACCCCAAUGGUACAAGCAGCGAUGGAAGAUAAUGACAGACUUGAGCCAAUGAUCAACUCGGCAGUUCCCAUGUCUCGCAUCGCCCAACCUGAAGAGAUAGCCGAUGUCGUUCUCUUCAUGACAAGCCCAAGAUCGAGCUACGUGACGGGGUCAGCCUGGAUUGUCGAUGGGGGCACUACACUUACUCUGAAGGCAGUAUAA